AUGAUCCAUAGGAGAAAUCUAACAAACCCACCAACGUAUUUCUCGGGGGGUGGCCCCCUCCGUAAACCAAUCCUUGAAUUUGCCAUGGUCAUCUCUGUAGUGACCUUGUGCUUCUUCGCUGUGGAUAACUAUAGAGUUCGAACAUCGCUAACUCAAGAGUUACAAUCACAGCAGCUAAAAUCAAGGGAACAACAGGAAUUCUUUGCGAGACAAGUCUCUGCUGCCAGAAAGAAAAGAGAAUUACAAGUUCUCAAUGAAAGGAAGUUACAUCAAGUUCGUGAGAUGAAACUAGCUCUCCACAUUGCUAUGCUAAGACAACAAUUGCAAGAUACUGGUAAGGAGCCCAUCUCGGUACAAGAUGUACUACAAGAAUAUCACAAUUCCGUCAAAAUGGAAAAUAGUAUCAGUAACGUAAGUGGCACUUUUCUCUGGCUCCAAUCAUCAGAGUUGAACGCUUAUUUACCUAACGUCCGCGAGUACAACGAGCACGAAAGGUGA